ACUGAUAACAGCUGUUGUCACGUGUUAGUUUCAAAUUAAGUUCGUUUUCAUACUUAUAGACCUUUUAUAUCCAGUUAAAAUCGACUCAGUAACUAGCACUUUACUUCCUAAUAUCCACUUAUGCUUCUUCCGGUCUAUUUAAUCUGUCGAGUUACGAUGCAGUAGAAUUUUCCUAACAUAGCUGUGUUAAGAAUGAUAAAUGUUAUAUCUGGUUUACCAAAUCCUUAUAUAGAAAACCAUUCCGCCUGCCUGUUUUAUGGCAUUAUCCAUACAAAGUCAAAUUCUUUAGAAAGCUGAUUGUUAGCAGCGCUUGUCGAAAACAGGCUUCAUAUAAUAACUUCAGUGCGUCAUGAAUUACGAUGGUUAUACUAAUAUUUACCACCCCAGUUCUAAGAAACCGGGAUACUACAACCCGUCCGAAAUGCAAUUCAGUCAGUUUUCAUAUGAAAAUCCAAAUCUAAUACCGUCCCAACCUAUCAAUCUUCCAUUCUCACAAGUACAAUAUUCCUCUGGUGCGAUAUAUGAAGAAAAAGAAGAGGAUUACGAAAAUGAACCACCUCUGUUAGAAGAACUUGGUAUCAACUUUAGUCACAUUGUACAAAAGACAUCAUCUGUCCUCCUUCCUUUUAAGGAAAGUUCUCAAGAAGUGCUUGACGAUACAGAUUUGGCCGGACCUUUAGUUUUCUGCCUGCUAUUUGGUUGCACUUUAAUGCUUGCUGGAAAAAUUCACUUCAAUUAUAUCUAUGGAUUAGGCGUAUUUGGUUGCUUAGGUAUUUACCUCCUGUUAUCAGUUAUGACGCCUAGAGGAGUUACACCAACUUGUGUCAUUUCAACAUUAGGAUAUUGUCUACUUCCAAUGUGUCUUCUAUCUUCAUUUGGGAUUGUAUUUUCUCUAAAAAGUAUACUAGGUGUCGUAUUAACAGCGACUGUCGUUUCGUGGUGCACAAUCACUUCUAGUAAAUUGUUUGUUCGCAGUUUGGAUAUGCAACACCAACGCAUUCUUGUGGCGUAUCCAUGCGCUUUAGUGUAUUGUGUAUUUGCACUCUUAGUUGUGUUUUGAUUUGCUUAAUGUUAUUUAAACCAUUGGAUGCAUAGCUGUCAGACUUGCUGAUGAAAAACCUUAAGAUCUGUAAUAUUUAUCAUGUGAGAAAGAUACACUUUUCCAAUUAAAAUAUUCAUUACAAAUAGAAUUAUGUUUGUUUAUGAGACACUGUUAAAAAUAUACUGUGUUUCACUUGG